AUGAUAGUGGAUGUUGGACUGAGCCCUUUUUCUUUUUGGAGUGUUUUAAGUGGUGAAGAUCCCGAAGAGGAGGAAAGAAGAGGCAGGUCAUUGAAGAAGGGAUCAAAGACGUCAGUAUUGUUAAAGGUACCGUGGGUUAAAGUUUGGUGUGAUAAAGAUAUUUGUAAAAAGAGAUUUAAUGAUUUUCAAGAUGCAAAGUAG